UGUAACUUCAAGCCAAAGCGCAGCUCGGACCUUGAUUACAUACACACCAGCAUAUCGCUCAAUGAAGUAUUGCUCUUUUAUUACAAACUGGACGACAGAUCUCACUCUGCAGGUCAUGUUUUAAAGUAGUACUUCAUCUAAGAGCUCGUAUUUCGUAAAGUACUCUCAUUAGUUCAGAAGAGCUCAGUAAUGGAGGAAGAGGAUGAAUGUCCGGAGUUAGUUCCCAUCAAGGAGAAGGAAACCGGACCCACAGUUCAGAUACCGGUUACCAUCAUCACUGGAUACUUGGGUGCUGGAAAGACAACACUUUUGAACUACAUAUUAACAGAGCAACAUAAUAAACGAAUAGCUGUCAUUCUUAAUGAAUUUGGUGAAGGCAGUGCUCUGGAGAAGUCUUUAGCUGUCAGUCAGGCAGGAGAGCUGUAUGAGGAGUGGCUGGAGCUGAGGAACGGCUGCCUGUGCUGCUCUGUGAAAGACAAUGGUUUAAAAGCUAUUGAAAAUCUAAUGGAGAAGAAAGGAAAGUUUGACUACAUCCUUCUAGAGACGACUGGAUUGGCAGAUCCAGGAGCUGUUGCUUCCAUGUUUUGGGUUGAUGCAGAAUUAGGGAGUGAUGUCUAUCUGGACGGUAUUGUCACAGUUAUAGAUGCUAAAUAUGGGAUGCAGCAUCUAACAGAAGAGAAGCCAGAGGGUCUUAUCAAUGAAGCUGCAAGGCAGAUAGCUCUUGCUGAUCUGACCAUCAUCAAUAAAACUGAUCUAGUGAAUGAGAGUGAGCUGGUGGGGCUCAGAGAUACGGUGAGAUCAAUAAAUGGGCUUGUGAAGAUUUUGGAGACACGAAAAUCCAGGGUUGACCUGUCUCAAGUAUUAGAUUUACAUUCGUUUGAUAUCAACGAUGGUGUAAGGUUAGCUGAAAAGCUGCAGCUGGUGAAAACAAGCCAACCACAUCUAGACAAGAGUAUGCUGACUAUAACAUUUGAAGUUCCUGGCAGUGUGUCAGAAGACCUAUUAAAUAUAUUCAUUCAGAAUCUCUUAUGGGAGAAGACAUUUAAGAACAAAGCAGGCUUGCCAAUGGCAGUUAUCCGGUUAAAGGGGAUCCUCUCCAUCCAGCAGAAACAAAAGAAGGUGAUGUUGCAGGGGGUCCAUGAGCUUUAUGAGCUGGAUGAGACUCCAGAGUUCUGGGCAGAUCAGGAGCCAAGAAUCAACCGACUCGUCUUCAUAGGUCGAAACCUCGAUGGCGAGAUUCUGAAGAAAGAGUUUAUUUCAGCCAUGUCAAAUAAAGACUGCGUGGAGUAGAUGAUAUCUGACUGUGCACAGUCUACCAGGCCACGUAUACAAACCAUACAACACCAACAGUCUCAUCUCAUAAGACAUUUGUGAAAUCACUGGAAAAGACAGCUGUUUCUGUUUGCAACCCAGUUUUAAAAGAGUUUGUACCUGGGUUGCAAAUCCUGCAACAGCUUAAUAGGUGCUUAUCAUGCUCCAUAAUGUUUUGAAUAGAAAAAGCGUUCAAAUCUGACACUUAUUUCUCCUAAACAUGUACUAAAAAUCCUUUAAGCAUCUGUACGCCACAUUUCAAACCAGUAAAACUGAUAUUAACUGAAAUGUCUUAAAAUGUAAUUUAUUUUACAUUUCCAUAACCGUUUUCUCCAAAUAUGUAUCUGGAAAUGCAUUAUAGUUCUUCUAGUCUUUAUUUUAAGAUUAUGUCGUUAUUUAAACGAUUCAUUUGGGUGAUCAAUUACUAAUCAUUUUACAUAGACUUUUUAACAGUGUAAAGUGUAAAAUAGCAGUAACCGGUAAAAUAAAUAUAGUCUUUGAGUUA